UAUAAUAUGUUUAUAUCAUAAUAAAGAUGUUUCAUCUAUCGUCCUUGGACGUAUUUAUGUACAGAGAAAUACACAAGAAUGUAUAUGUGUGUAUUAAUGGAAAAAAUCCUAUUUUUCCACAGUAAUGCAAUGGAAAUUUAACAGUUUUCUAUAAUAUAAAAGAAUGCUAGAAUAUAGAAUAUUUCUAUGUAUAGAAAUUAUUAUGAAAUUAUUAUGAAUGCAAUAAUCGAAUAUAAAUGGCUUCGCCGCGAAAAUUAAUACCCGCGUUGAAACAUCUGUCACCUCGGCCAUUCGAAAAUGCAUCGAACAUUAGAGCAUCUUCAAGUCCGAAAUCGCCCUACAAUCUAAAAAUUGUGAAAAAUGAAAAUUUGCUGUCGCCGUUUAAUAUCGAUACUCCGAAUAGAGUCAGAUUGUUGAGGGACGGUCUACCGAAAAAACAUCCUCCUGUGCUGGGCACAGGUGCUUUUGGUACCGUCUACAGGGCGCUUUAUAAAGGGGAUCAAGUAGCAGCUAAGAUAAUUGAACGCAAACGGAACGAUAACGAAAUAAUAAACUCGGAGAAACAUGCGGCCGUUCUACGACAUGCUAACAUCGUGAAAAUAUUGAAUGUGGAACAGGGUAGCAGUUUAUCGCUGAUAACGAUGGAGUUGUGCGGUACAUCGUUGCAAGACAGACUACAAGAAUCGGUUCUAUCGAAGGAGAAGCGGGUUUCCAUUUGGCGAGACAUUGCUCGUGCCCUCCAAUUCUGUCACAAUUCCGCAGUGAUACACGCGGACGUCAAAGCAACCAAUAUUCUGAUAGCUGCUGAUGGUCGAGCCAAACUCACCGACUUCGGUAGUUCUAUACUAAUUGGCGAAUCACAAGUUUCGAUUCAGCCACGAAUACAUGGUACACCAGGUUACACAGCACCAGAAGUGCUCAGAGGAGAUGUACCUACAUUUGCCGCUGAUAUUUAUUCACUAGGAAUUGUUGCUUGGCAAAUGCUAUCUCGAGAAGUACCUUUCCACGGAUUGCAUAUCCACACUAUCAUAUAUAUCUCUGUAAAAGGAACGCGUCCUAAAAGUGAAGAUCUCAACGAUGAAUUUGAUGGAAGAUACAAGGAACUGUUCAAAGCAGCAUGGUCACAGAAUAUUGUGGAUAGACCAACACUAAGCGAAAUAAUCAAUAAACUUAAUCUCUUAUAG